AUGUCAGAUAAUAUCAGUUUAACAGUUAUUCAAACCAAUGUAAGUUCCUCCUGGAAUGUCUAUGACAAGUUUCUUUUCUUCCAGACUUUAAAUGACAUAAUUAUCUUCCCAAUAUACUUUUAUUUGUAUUUAUGUAUCACAUUGUUUAGUCAGAUAUCUGUUUUACUUCUCGUCAUAUUUAAGACUCCAGUCUUGUUUAAAGAUUUUCGAAUAUUUCUGAUAAACUCUUCGUCACUCCAGAUUGCAAUGUGCUUGGUGGUUGUUUUCACACAAGUCAGAAUUCUUCCGAAUCCUAACUCCACUGGAUACUUAUUCAGUGGACCAUGCCGAUUUGUUCAUAAGAAUGCGUGCUUCUUCGGUUUGGAUUUUUUCCAGCUUGUUUUCGAUGCGUCAUCUUUUGCUAUCCCAGCUACUCUAUAUUACAAGUAUAGUAAAGUAACAAACAUAAAUGGAAAAGAUCUCUCUAGGAAUCGAGUCAGACUGAUCCUUGUCAGUUCUUAUUUUCUGUCUAUAAUUGUGGGCGUAAUAUAUGUAAUAACAUACAGCCCAGACGAGUCCGUAGAGGUUUCGAAUGAAACGAGGAAGCAGUUUUAUCGUGAAUACGAUUUCUCUCGUUACGCUGAAGUCACAGGGUAUCAAACUCAUUUUUGGAGCUCACUAACCAAUAAUCUAAACAUGUUGAGCAUCUAUAUACCGCCAGUUAUGAGUAUUGUUUUUAUAAGAUUUAUUCAGAUCAAACUGAAUGGUCUCAAACAUCUUUUCACGGACAAAACCGCAGCACAAGCUAAAAAGUUCGAUCUUGCACUCACAAUUCAGACACUGGUUCCCGCUGUAUGUGUCAUUCCAGUAUACACGUCACAUCUGGUAAUUGAACGCUACCAAUUCUGGUUCAUGCCUGAUUUCGAGAAGAUUCUCUACAUAAUGCUUUCUCUUCCAACAGCAAUUGACGCCUUCAUAGUUAUCAUUACAAUUACACCCUACAGAAACGCAUUUCUUCUAUUUUUCGCGGGAAUCUUCUGCUAUUCGAAGCCAACAACACCGCUACCUCCAUCCAGACGCAUCAAUAACUCAGUUGCUACCUCUUUAUUUUGA